UUCCCUCUGACGCAUUAUUCUGCGCCGGAAGUGGGAGGAGGUCGCAAUGAGCGGCGCUAUGGCGGCGGUAGAUAUUCGAGACAACCUGUUGGGAAUUUCAUGGGUUGACAGUUCCUGGAUCCCUAUAUUGAACAGUGGUAGUGUCUUGGAUUAUUUCUCUGAACGGAGUAACCCUUUUUAUGAUCGGACAUGUAAUAAUGAAGUGGUCAAAAUGCAGAGGCUCACGUUGGAGCAUUUAAAUCAAAUGGUGGGAGUGGAGUAUAUCCUUUUGCAUGCCCAAGAGCCCAUUCUUUUUAUUAUCCGGAAACAGCAGCGGCAAUCCUCUACACAAGUCAUCCCAUUAGCUGAUUAUUAUAUUAUUGCUGGAGUAAUUUAUCAGGCACCUGACUUGGGAUCUGUCAUAAACUCCAGAGUGCUCACAGCUGUGCAUGGAAUUCAGUCAGCUUUUGACGAAGCUAUGUCAUAUUGUCGUUACCACCCUUCCAAAGGGUACUGGUGGCACUUCAAAGACCAAGAAGAACAAGAUAAAGCCAAACCUAAAGCCAAAAGAAAAGAAGAACCAAGUUCUAUUUUUCAGAGGCAGCGCGUAGAUGCUUUACUCCUAGAUCUACGACAGAAAUUUCCACCCAAAUUUGUUCAGCAAAAGCCUGGAGAAAAGCCUGUCCCAGUGGAUCAGACCAAGAAGGAGCCAGAACCUAUACCUGAAGCGAUAAAAACAGAGGAAAAAGAGACCCCCAAAAAUGUUCAGCAGACAACUAGCACUAAAUGCCCCCCUGAGAAACGAAUGAGACUGCAGUGAAUGUUGGGCUGUUAUUUCCCCAGCACCAAAGAGAAACGUACAAAAUUCUCCUUCUCUGGAUGACAUCAGACUUCUGCAGUAAAGACUUUAUAUCAUUACAGCAUUUAAAAUCCUUUGUUACAGGUUUCUCUUUUUUAUAAGAAGCUCUUGUCUCUAGGAAAGGAUUUAUUUUAUCUCCUUUCUUUGUAUGUUAGAUUUUUUUUCAUUAAUCUUUUAUAUGUUUCCCCACAUCAGUUUUAUGUGUAUAUAUGUGUUUAUCAAAUAAAAUAACUUUAUAGAAUAUUGGAUUUGGGAUGUUUUUUGUUUGUUUGCUUUGUUUCUUCACUAGUAAAUUGUGGUACUCUGUGUCUGGAUCUUCAUCUAGAUAGCUUUCACUGCCCAUCUUCUGGUAUAUGACCUGGUAACUUGGUAUUUCCAACCUAAUGUCAUUAAUACUAUUACUCUAAAGAAAGAGGUAACUAUUUCACUGCAUAAUCAUUGCAGAUUUUAUGGCAAACUGCAAAAAAGUGGGGUGCGACCAUUACGUGAACUUUUCUUUCUUUUUUUAAACUGUGCUGGUAUUAGUCAAAAAUCAUAUAUUACUAAACUAUCUCUGGUGCAAGAUUAGGAUGCAUGGAAUACUCGUGAAUAUACAUUAAAAUUAAAUACUGACAAUGUGUGUGCUCUGAGAAUUGAGACUCGCAAUAUGUGAGAGAAAUGUGUAUCCGUAUGUCACUGGUGAAUACAUUGCUGCUCUGUUUACCUUUUAAGCGGCAUAAUGAACAGAAUUACACCAUGUGACAAUUAUGCGAUGAAAGGUUAUAAAUCAAUUUUUGGAUUGAAAAAACGGUGUGAUGAUUAUGUGGUGAAAUACAGUAUUUGUUGUCAACUUUAGGGGUGACCUGUGUCAGGUUAAAUGAUUCUUUUAAGUUGGUGUGUGUUUGUUUUUUUCUGUUCCAUCCCCCACUUCUGGCAGGGAAAGGGUAAGUUAAUCAGCUAAGUGAUUAUGUAGUAAUAUGAGAUAUAACACCAAAAUACCUACAUUAAAUCAGAUUCUAGGAUGAGCUAAAGAUGAAUCCUGAAUGCCCAGAUGAGUGAAUUUAAAAAUACAGAGUUCUGGGAAAUUUAGACGUUAGCUCAUUUGGGGCCUUGUUUCAGUGUAGGUUUUGUGAGUACAGAGAAGAAUAUCAGGCAAGGCAUGAAGAGCUCCCUUCCCCUUUUUUUAAACUUUCUUUUUUAUUGCUACAAACUUAACAAAUAUGAAUAUUUUUACAUACAAAGACAAACGUUAAAAGAGGACUGCAUGUGAAACCAUCAAUCUCUGCUAGGUAUAGCAUGAAUUUUAAAAAUAUAUUUCAAAUUUAGCACUACAGUUCUAACACUUUUACUUAUCUAUAUCUUCUUCCGAACUUGUGAUCUCUUCUGUUCAUUUUUCAGAGAUUCAUUGAUGCUCUUUGAUUUCUUUCCAAUUUUUUUUUUAGUAUCACUAUCACAGCCCCCACACUUCACUUCUAACUCUUCUCCUCAAACUAAAAGUCCUAUCUUUGUAAUAAGUGUAAUGAAAAAAAAGAGAUCCAUACUUUGGUAAUGUCUGAAAAUGAAUGUCUCAUUUUGUACCUAUAGUCCAUCAAUUUGGUGGAAGACAUGAUUCCUUAUUAGUCCAAUGGCAUCAUCAUUGGCCAUUGCAUUGAUUAUAUCUAUUAAGUCUUGUACAAUUGAUUUCCUUUACAGUGUUAAAGUCAUUAUAUUGUUCUUCUGUUCAUUUCAUUCAUUAUCAGUUCAUAUAAUUUCUAGGUGUCUGUGGCUCCAUCCCUUCAUUUUUGAUAUAAUAUUCCAUUACUUCCUUAUACCUUAAUUUGUUCCGCCAUUUGCUUCAAUAAAUGAGCACCCAAUUUGUUUUCAGCUAUUUACAACAAAAAUCAUUGCAAUUAACAUUUUUAGACAUGGAUCUCUUCCCUCUCUAUUUGACUUGUUUGGUAGCAUUAGCCUACUAGCAAUAUUGCUAAAUCAGAGGUUAUACACAGGUCAAUGACUUUCCCAUACACUUUCAAAUUGCUCUAAAAAAUGAUUGGACCAUUUAGCUCUACCAGUAGUAUAUGUUAGUAUGUCUGUCCUCCCAGAGCCCCUAAUUUAACAAUUGUCACUUUCCUUCUUUUUGUCGUCUUUGCCAAUCUGAUGGGUGUGAAGUAGAACACAAAGAGAUAUUUUACUUUGCAUAGCUCAGUGAUUUGGAAAUUUUUCAUGUUGUUAAUAACUUUUCUUUAUUCCCUUGAACGUUCUGUUCAUAUUCACUGCCCAUGUUUUCCAUGCAAAAUAACUUAUUGUAUAUUUGUAACAAUUUCUUACAUAUCUUGGAUAGCAGGCCUUUAUUACAGAAGUUUGCAGCAAAGAUUUUUUUCCCCAAUUAACUGUUUCCCUUCUAAUGUCAUUAAUCUUGUUUGUGAAAAAAAUUUCAAUUUUGUGUAAUCAGGAUUGUUUAUUUUAGCUUCUAUGUUCUUCUCUAUCCCUUGUUUGGUUAAGAAUUGUUUUCCCUAUUCAGUUUUGAGGGUAUCUCACUCCUACCCCCUCCCAAUUAAUUUAUGAUAAAGCCUUUUAUAUUUAAGUCAUGUGUUCGUUUGGAGUUUAUUGGGUUAUAUUGUAUGAGAUGUUAGUCUAAACUUAGUUUCUGACAGAUUACUAUCCAGUUUUUUGAUCAUUUUUUGUCCAAUAGUGAGUUCUUACUGCAGAAGUCAGAUUCUUGGGCUUACUAGUUUCAUACUGUUCAUACUCGUGUGCUUCUAGGUCUCAAGUAGGUAAACUGUUCCACUCAUAAACUUUUCUAUUUUUUUUUAAACAAGUACCAAAGAGUAGUGAUGAUUACUGCAUUGUAGUAUAGUUUGAGAAUUGGUAUUGGUGGGUUCCCAUUCUCCCACCAUUUUUUCCCACUGCUUCCCUUGAUAUUCUCAGCAUUUUAUUCCUUCGGAUUCAUGUUAUUAAUAAAUUUUCUAGUUCUCUAUAGUGACUCUUUAGUAAUUUGGUAUGGGGCUGAAUCUAUAAUUUAGAUAACUCACCUUUACUAUAUUGAUACUGUCUAGUAUUUCUCCAAUCAUUUAGUUCUGUCUUUAUUUCUCUAGAGUUUUUGUAGCUGUAAUUGUAGAAUUCCUGUUUUGAUGGAUGAACUCCCAGAUAAUUCAUACAUGUAACUUUUAAAUGAAAUUUCUUUUUCUAUCUCUCCUGGAUUUUGUAAUGUACAGAAAGGAUGCUAAUUCCUAUCAGUUUAUUUUAUAUCCUACUUUGCUGAAGCUGUUGCUUCAGUUAGGUUUUUAGUUGACUCUCUGAGGUUCUGUGAGUGAACCAUCCUACCAUCUGCAAAAAAGUGGUCAUUUUGUUUCCUCUUUGCCUAUCCUCACAUUCUUUCAAUUUAUUUUUCUUAUUAAUUCUAGCAUUUCUAUAGCUCUUAUCAAAUAAUAAUGAUGAAGUGGACAUCCUUGCUUUAUCCCUGAUCUUAUUUAAAAGACACCUACUUUUCUCUGUUACAAAUGAUGCUAGCUCUUGGUUUUAGGUACGUAUUUUUGGCCAUAUUAGAGAAAGGUCUAUUCAUUCCUGUUCCACUUAAUAUUUUUAACACAAAGGAAUGCUGCAUUUUGUCAAAAGCUUUUUCUUGCAUCUAUUGAUAAAAUCAAUGAUUUUUAUUGUGCUUGUUACUAAUAUGUGGUCUUAAGUUUCUAGAUAGUGAAUCAAUCUUGUAUCCCUGGCAUAAAUCUUAUCUGGUC